CGGAGCUGGGUGGGCAAGCUUAAGCUGUCCUGUCUGCGAGACACAAUUCCGACGACAUCACUGGGCAGCCCACCACCCUACCGCGCCGAUUAUAGAUCGCUGUUGCCUAUCCGGAACCGCUUGAGGGAGUCCUCCUGGCACGACUCCUUUGGAAGAACCCACUAUCACUCAUCAGGGUGCUUGUACUGGGUCCUCUACUCGCAUCCCCCCUCUACGAUCAUCUCGACCGCCAGCACAUACUCGAAAUAACCUCUUCACGUACCCUGCUGUCGACGACGGAAAGCGAAGGGCGCCGCAGAUCAUGGCGCAGUACUACGGUGGGCCGAACCAAUUCCAAGGGGCCGGCGACUCCAACCUCCAGUUCUACCCGUCAACAUAUUCACCCGGAGUGCCCGGCGCGCACGGCGCGGCUCAGCAAGGAGGUUAUGGCUAUGGUUCCCCUCCUGCCGGCCAGGCAAGUUUCGGUGGCUUUGGCGCUCCUCCUGGUGUCAGUGGGCGCAUGGGCGAGCAGGGUGGCCUCCGGACAGGCUGGUUAGCUGCCUUCUCCACGGAAGGCUACGAUGGCGAGCCACCGCUGCUUGAGGAGCUGGGAGUCAACUUUGACCACAUCCAAAGAAAGACAUUAGCCGUCCUCAACCCAUUCGCGCGGAUAGACCAACACAUCAUGGACGACUCCGACCUUGCAGGCCCUAUCCUCUUCUUCCUCAUGUUCGGCACUUUCCUGCUCUUCAGCGGCAAGGUGCAUUUCGGCUAUAUCUAUGGUCUGGGACUGGUUGGCUCGAUUGGAUUGCAUACAAUUCUGUCCUUGAUGUCUCCAGAUGGGUCAACUGCGGCCCAAGCGGCGCAUGCUGUACCGCCAUACUCGGCAGGUCCUGGCUACCCGGGGGACCCCAGCAGUGGCGGAAGCGAUGACCACAAGGAUCACAUGAACAGCACCUUGACUUUUGUGCGAAGCGCGAGUGUUCUGGGAUACUGCCUGUUGCCUCUGGUAAUGAUCAGCUUGGUUGGCAUCGUCGUGCCAAUGGACGGAAUCUUUGGCUACCUGCUCACCACGGCAGCGAUCAUCUGGUGCACGACCAGCGCCAGUGCUAUGUUCUGCGCUGUCGGAAGGAUGCGCGGCAUGAGGGGCCUCGUGGCGUAUCCUCUGAUGCUCUUCUAUGCGGGCUUCGGCAUCAUGGGUAUCUUCAGCUCUAGGGGAACCGGCACUCUGGCCAAGUCUUUGACUUGAAGACUGGGAGAGGCUAUUGUGUCUUGUGCGAGAUGGACAGGCAUUCCAGGUCCGCACAAACAUGCUGGGGGCUUUGCGAGAUUGCCGGCCCUCGUAGUGUAUAUGUAUAUAUAUAACGAAAACAACUGUGGCGUAUCCGCUCGGGUGGAUACAGGAGGGGACAUUGGGUGCCGAGCGGGAAUCAUAGAGGGCCUUCUACAUGACUGCAGGUGUUCAAAACGACAUAUGGGUUUGGCUAGACGAGCUGCAGGUUGCAUUGCGCGCCACGAAAUAACGAUCAGCAUAGCCUAGUUUGCGGCUCCUUGUGUUAUUUUAUCGGUAUUGCGAAAGGCGAGCGCCCAGGUCCUUGCAGUUGCGCCCAGAGAUCUUGACCUCCUCUACAGUCAAUCGUACCUCUCAUGCCAUGCUCGUGC